CCAUGUGACACAACAGCUCGGUGUUCAUGGUGCCACGUUUCAGAAACAUUCAGUUGUUCUUAAAUGAAUUGUUUUCUCUGAUUAAUUUUUUUCGACAGUCGUUGAUCUCCUUGGAGUAGUAACACGAAAGUUUUUUAUUUGAUUUAUCAGAAAUGCACCAAAGGCGGGUGCUUGUAUGUGGCGUUCUGAUUACAUUGGCAGUUCUUUGCGUGGCUCCGCCGGUCGUCAGGAAAGAUACAAAGAAACCAGACACUCCAGCGGAGGGGAAAGGCGAUCCAGAGUAUGCCAGAUAUUUAAAACAAGUUAUUGAAAUUUUAGAAAAUGAUGAUGACUACGUUAAAAGAUUACUGAACGCUUCUGAGGAUGAACUAAGAACUGGUCAGGUUGCAGAUGAUUUAGACCUUGUGAAACAUGAUGUAAGGACCAAGUUAGAUGAAUUAAAACGACAGGAAGUAGAGAGACAGCGAAUGCUACGACGACAAAUGAACGAUCACUUAAACGGUCUGAAGGAAAGAGAGUCUUGGAACCCUUUGUUCGACGACGAAAAUCCCAAUUUCUUUGGCCCUGAAGACUUUAAAAAGCUCUUAUGGAAGCACCAUGAAGAGAUGGAUAAGCAAGAUAAACAGCGCAGAGAUGAAUUUAAAAAGCAUGAAAUGGAGAAGGAACACAAAAGGAAGGAACAUUUAAAGGAGCUGGAUGAGAAGGCACGCAAAGAAGAAGAAGAAAGAUAUGAGGCAUUGAGGGAGAAACAUCUUAAUGCAUCCAAGAAUCUCCAUCAUCCAGGAAGUAAAGCUCAACUAGAGCAAGUUUGGGAGGAAACUGAUGGUCUUGAUGCAAAGGACUUUGAACCAAGAACAUUUUUCAAGCUUCAUGAUACAAAUGGUGAUAACUACCUGGACACAGGAGAGUUGGAGGCUCUUUUUGUCAAAGAAGUAGACAAACUCUUUGAUGAGAAGGAUGAAGACUAUGAUCCUCAAGAAAGAGAUGAAGAGAUUUCAAGAAUGAGGGAACAUGUCAUGAGUGAGAUUGACAAAGAUAAAGAUGGUUUUGUUUCAAUUGAUGAAUUUCUGACAGCAAGUAAAGGUGAUGAAUUUGACAAAGAUGAAGGGUGGAAAAGUGUUGAAGAGGAGCGGCCAUAUACUGAUGAGGAAUUAGCAGAGUUUGAGAAACAACUGCAAGAGGAGGAGAAAGCAAAGAUGGCUACUCAUGAUCAAGGAGCUGUAGGAGGCAACACAGCUGGUGACCUUGCAAAGCAAAUAGUAGGAGCAGUAGGAGCAGCAGUAGAAGAACACAAGGAAGGGGAACAACAACAACAACAUGAUGAGUCACAGCAACAGCAUACAUCCUAAGGAACAGUGGAGCUGUUUACAGGAAAAAAAUACUACACCUUCAUGGCUUGAAAGAUGAACACUGUCCUCAUUUAUUUAAACUUGUUACCCAUGUUUGUUCAGUCACAUCAAGAAUACUGAGAGUUCUUGUACCAUUUGAACAUUCUUUCUAUGAGUAAUACAUGUAUUUGUUCCAAUAUUA